AUGAACUUCGGCAUUCUCAACUUUAAGGAAGUGAACAACAACACAACGGACGAGUCCAACAAUCCACCACCCUCUCAAUACCUCUUUCUCUCGCCAUCGCUUCAACAUUAUGCCUCUGGUUUCCCAAGUAGCAGCUCCAUUACCAGCAGCAGCAGUAGCAGCAACAGCAGCAACAGUAGUCAAACGGCCCAUACACCUGAAUUCCUAGCAGAAGAUAUACCACCACCAUUUGAUACGAGACCAGAAGAACCAGCCCCUCCUCCUCCUCGUCGCACGAUUCGCAAACACAAAGAGCCUAUCUUUGUCACUGAAGUUCCUCAAAAUGCAUACAAGAAAAAGAGAAACAGGGGCUUAUCAUCAUCCGAAGAAGAUGAAGCAGCAGCAGGAGGAGCAGAUGCAACAAACAAAUCCAAGAUGACAGCCAAAGAGCGUCGACAAUUAAGAAACAAAAUCUCGGCCAGGAACUUUCGUGUGCGUCGCAAAGAAUACAUUGAGCAACUCGAGUAUCAGAUCUCAAAGCAAGAUAAAGAAUUGGCACUUUUACGAGAAAGCAAUGCUCGAUUGGAGAAGGUCAAUCAAGAAUUAUUACUUGAAGUGGAACGAUGGCGAAGUUUAUCCGAUUCUCAACAGCAACAGCAACAGCAACAGCAGCAACCAGCAGCCCUUCUCGGUGGUGACAACACAUCUGGUGGAGAAGCAUUACCCGAUUUAUUCAACUUUUUCGAGUUGAACGACCUGGAUUUAUUUGAUUUCAAUGUCAAUGUAUCGAAUGCAGUCAUUCCUCAUUUCGACUUUGCACGUGUAUUGAAUGAGAAACCUGAUCCAAGGAUAUCGUCAGCAGAGUUGAUGAGAAGCUUCCCAUUACUGGCACCCACCUUGAUGUCCAUGAUCAUUGGUCAAACGAUGGCUUUGGUCAGUGAGCAAGAGAUCAUGUCAACAGCUGUCAUGGCACAGCCUACUACCAAGAUCACAUUUCCAGAACCACCACAAAUGCUCGUAGCUUCGGAACGACAUCAACGACAAGAUGCAGUCCCACUUGAAAAAGAGCACAUGGUGGAUGAGGCUAUUGAGCGUUGGCUAUUGAGGAAACACUAUUUGUAUUAUGCAUUCAUGCGGAUGCGUGGUUAUUCUCAUGCUCAGCUCAUUCAACGCGCGCGACAAUACUUGGAAUCCAGUGCCUAUCGAGAACGCCGCAUGGAACGCCUUCAAAGAGUUGUCAACACCAUUUCGGCCUUUUGCUCCAUCACCAGCACCCUCUUACAACAUCCAGAGCGGGCCCCCUUAGUACCAUCCAUGAUUCGAAACGACAAACGACUCGACUGGCAUUCUAGCUUUUCACCUAAAGGUAGUUUGGAGUAUAAGGAACACCCUUUGUAUUUGAUGGCACACGAUUAA